AUGGACUAAUCCAUUAGAAUUAGAUGUGACAUAGCUUACUACGCCAAAAUUCUUUGUAAUAAAUAUUAAUAAUUAUUCUUAGUUUAGUGAGUAGUUCGCCGAGUUUGAAAUUCGACACUGCACAUAUCGUUUUCUUUGCAUAUUUGAAGUCAAUCAGAUUAUCUUUAAAAUAUUCAAAUAUAUCAUUAAAGUUGAAGAAAUCGCUAUAAGAACGUAUUGUUUACAUUUUUUUCACAAAUUAUUUAUGUGUAGAGGAGCUGACCUGUUUUAAUAAAAUUUUAGUAUAUAAAAAUUUUUAUGCAUUCAAGAAAUAAUAAUGUUUUGGUUAACGAAGAGAUUUUAUAAAGAAAAUUUUUAACGUGUUAUUGUGAUAAUGGAAAAAGAAAAUUUUUUCAGUCGAAAACCGAUCAAUCUUCUACUGGAGAUAAUAUUCAAUAAGAAAAACAAAAAAGUUGAAUCUGUUCGUACUGCUAAUAUCAGUAAUAGUGUCUCGCUCAACGAUUUAACAGAUUCUUUUCACUCUGUGAAUAAAUCACAAGCAAGUUCAAAUCCAGAUAUUAGAAGUGACGCGGAAAAACUCGUUCAGAUAAAAAUAAAAUUGGAUAUAUCGGAUAUUGAUAAAUCGAAUCAGAAUGAUUCCGAAAAAAUAUUAGAACCGGUGAAUUCGACUGAAUCGAUAUCGGAGUUGGAAACAGAUAAAGAAACAAAAGUGAAAAAAAUGUCUAGCAAAGUUUCUUUAUCGAUAAAUAAUGAUACGAAUUUCGAGGAAACGGUUUAUUUUGACGUAUACAAAACCGGAAGUGAAGAAUCGUUAGAAAGCGUCACAGAACUUUAUAACGAAAUCGAUCUCAACGAAUCACAUCUCCAAUCAAUAAUAUGGCAAAAAAUAUUUUACCAAAUCCAACAAAAAUACAAAGCUACCAAUAAAGACAACAAAAUCGUUAACGUUAUACACGAAUUAAUUAUGGAAAAAUACAAACAAGCUUUAUCUAUUAUAAAACAACGGAUUGAAAAACGGGAACAGAAAAGUUCGAGUCUGCAUUCGAUUAUAUCGAAUGAUUCCAACAACGCCGAUCGCGCAAUCAAAAAUACUUUCUCUUCUUACGAAAGUAUAAAAUCUCAAUUCGAUUUGAAGACUAACGAAAUAAUCAUUAACGAUAUAUUUCAUACUACCAAUUCGUCGGACCCAAAAUAUUUCAACAGUACUUUUAAAUCGGAAGUUAGGUUAUCGAAAAGCUUGGACGACAUUGAUAAAUUUUCGACGAAUAGUGCAGUUGAAAAAGAAACUCCUUUCGUCCAACAGAGCAAAGAGCUAGAAAUUUGCCAUAGCGGAACAGAGUACAGUAUAGGUAGUAGUAAUAUUUCUUUGCUUAUAUCAGAAGCGGAUUACGCGAAAUCGAAAAGAAAUUAUAACAGUUAUCGCAGAAUGAACAGAUUUAAAAAUUCCGCUAAGCAAAGCGAACAACAAUCGAUUACAAGUAGUAGCACGCACAUUUAUGAAAGUUUGGAUGAUUUACUGUUGAAUAACAACAGGAAUAAUUUGGUGAAGAAAAUCGAUUUACAAAAAGAAAUUAUACAACAAAGUGCUAAAGCUGCAAAAGUAUGUAGAUCGCAAUCAGAAUUAUUUGGAGAAGAAACUUUAAUUGAAGCAGAAAAGAUUUUGUUAAUUGCUGGUAAAAGAAAAAAUGCAAUCGAAGAAGCUCUUAUGAAAGCGGAUUAUGAAGAUGUAGAUACGCCGUUAACAUCUUGUACAGUGAAGAUUAAUAAUAUCUGUUUAUACGCCUCUUCUUCAUUGGUUAAUUCAAAUAGCAAUUGGUUUUACGUCUGUACGUUGCAACAAGGAUCUACGGUAUAUGCAACCAAGAUUACAACGCAAACCGAAAAUACAAUAUCUUUCCCGGACGAAUUUAUUUUUGAAAAUAUUCCUUCGGAUUUUCAAAUAGAUAUAAACGUCUACGCACUGUUACUGAAAAAGAGAAAAAAUAAAAAUUUCGUAUAUAAAUCACGUGAAGAAGCAAAAGUAGCAUCAUCUUCCAGAUGUGCUUCCACAGAAUCAUAUUUCUCUUUAUGGGGCACCUCAUCGAUAAAAACGUCUCAGGCGAAUCAAACUAUAUUCCGUCUGUCGAAUAUUCCUUCGGAAGCUUCUAUAAUAAACUCGUUUACCGCUAAUAUACGAACAAGUUUUAAGAUUUACGUGAAACAAGCCGGUUUUCUAACAUUAGGUCUUGAAUAUAAAGGUUAUCCUGUUUGGAGACGAAGGUGGUGUUUAUUAAAUGGGUACAAACUCAGAUAUUGGUUUCUUCCUAAUGAACAAGAUAUCUGCCCGCCUUUAGGAGAGAUAAAUUUAUUAAACUGUGUAUCUAAUGAAAUCAAAAGAGCCGAUAAAGAUCUUUGUUUUAAUUCAACUACCCUCGUACUUCAGAUGAACGUAAAUGACGGUGGUAGAAAGGGGCAACGAAAAUACUUUCUGUCGGCUGAUAAUUAUGUAGAAUUUGAUAAAUGGUUAAGGGAAUUUAAUAUAGUUUUAUAUUAUUUGAGAAAAUGGACUCAGUAUUCUAAUUAUUCCAGGCAAUAAUUUUUUUGAUUGAGUAAAUUUUUGGAUUUUAAGCAAGUAUUGUAAAAGUUUUUAAAUACUGUCAGUAUUUAUAUUAUAAUUAAUUAAAUGAUACAGAAACAUUUACUUGUUUUAUUUUAAA